UGCGCGGGGUUUGCCCCGCCGGAGUAAUCCGGGAGAGGCCUCUUAUUAGGGCUCUGGUGGCGGCGGCGGCGGCGGACACUUGGGGUCUGGACGCAACGGCGGCGGGAGCAUGAACGCCCCUCCAGCCUUCGAGUCGUUCUUGCUCUUCGUGGGCGAGAAGAAGAUCAGCAUUAACAAGGACACCAAGGUACCCAAUGCCUGUUUGUUCACCAUCAACAAAGAAGACCACACACUGGGAAACAUCAUUAAAUCACAACUCCUAAAGGACCCGCAAGUGCUAUUUGCUGGCUACAAAGUCCCCCGCCCCUUGGAGCACAAGAUCAUCAUCCGAGUGCAGACCACGCCGGACUACAGCCCCCAGGAAGCCUUUACCAACACCAUCACCGACCUCAUCAGUGAGCUGUCCCUGCUGGAGGAGUGCUUCCAGACGUGCCUGCUUCCCCUUCGCGUUCUGCCGUGAUUGUCAGUUUCCUGAGGCCUCCCCAGCCAUGCUUCCUGUACAGCCUGCAGAACUUCUGGCAUGGAAAAGCCCCCGUGCAACUGGUAAAGAUAUCAAUAAGCACCAGGAGGUAUCUAAAUCCACCAGGAGCCAUAGGCAUCACGUUGACGUCCAUUUACCAGUCUUCCCUGGCAAGAUUCUUCUGAAUUGUGCUGCCUUGGCCAAAAGAGGUAUGGGAGGGGCUGGGCGCAGUGGCUUGUGCCUGUAAUCCCAACAUUUUGGGAAACCAAUUCAGGUGGAUCAUUAGAGGUCAGGGGUUCAAGACCAUCCUGGCCAAUAUGGUGACAUCCCAUCUCUACUAAAAAUACAAUAAGUUAGCUGGGUUUGGUGUUGGGUGCCUGUAAUCCCAGCUACUCGAGAGGCUGAGGCAGGAUAAUCGCUUGAACCUGGGAGGAGGAGGUGGCAGUGAGCUGAGAUCGUGCCAUUGCACUCCAGUGUGGGCAACAAGAGUGAAACGUCGUCUCAAAAAAUAAAAAAAAAGGCCGGGCGUGAUGGCUCACACCUGUAAUCCCAGCACUUUGGGAGGCCAAGACGGGUGGAUCACAAGGUCAGGAGUUCAAGACCAGCCUGUCCUAGAUGGUGAAACCCUGUCUCUACUAAAAAUACAAAUAUUAGCUGGGCGUGGUGGCAUGCACCUGUAAUCUCAGCUACUCAGAAGUCUGAUGCAGGAGAAUUGCUAAAACCCAGGAGGGAGAGGUUACAUUGAGCCGAGAUUGCACCACUGCACUCUAGCCUGGGCGACAGAGCAAGACUCCGUCUCGAAAGAAAGAAAGAGAAAGGAAAUUCCCCAGGGAAGUACCUCGGCUUAUUUCAUAAACAGGUACUGAAGGAAGCAGAGGCAUGUGGAGGACUUCCCCACCUCAUGCAGCUAUUUGGGUCGUGGCAUCUGAAAUUUAUUAUUUCAGAGUCACCCCUUUGAUGACCUUAGCAGUGAACUGCAGUCAUCUGUUCAGGCCUCUCCAUGGCCCACGUCAAUGCUGGUAUUUCUGUUUGUUGCACAUUUGAUUUCCUUGUUGUUGGCAUUUAGAAGGCCCCCCGUUUCCCAGAUCACACCACGGGCAUGGACCACAGAGAUUGCAUCUUGUGAGUCUGUAGAAAUGGUCAAGGCCUUGUCCUCUCUUAGGUCCAGAGCUCAGGUUAAUGCAGAUUUUCCCGGCCAUCUGUGCUGAAGUCCCUGUGGGGAGGCUCCUGGCUGGUUUCCUGUAGGUAGACAGCUAUACGUCCUGCUCUUCAUUGGCUUCUUUUCAUGAAGCUCCUGCCAUCUACAAAACAUGUCUCCCUUGUUGAAUCACAUCUCUGUUAUUGAAACUCUAGAAGUCGACCGGGCGUGGUGGCUAUGCCUAUAAUCCCAGCAUUUUGGGAUGCCAAGGCGGGUGGAUCACCUGAGGUCAGGAGUUCAAGACCAGCCUGGCCAACAUGGCGAAACCCCGUCUCUAAUACAAAUACAAAAAUUAGCCAAGCAUGGUGGCCACUGUACUUCAGCCUGGGCGACACAGCAAGACUCCAUCUCAAAAAAAAAAAAAAAAAAAAAGAGAAAGAAAGUAUCAUGCUUUUCUGCAUUCUGUGAAUUGUUUUAGUGAGUUAUCGAACUUGAGGGCAUGGUGGGAACCUCCAAAUUUGCAGCCAGUUGGUGAGAAGUACAUGUGGUCUGAGGACACCCAAGCUUGCAGGUGUGUCUAAAGCGAGGGCAGCCUAGCGGGGGCUGGUGGCCUUAACCUGUGGCAUUUGAGGUAACAUCAGGGAGUUGACAUCAGAAUUGCAUCACAUAGGCUGGGCGCGGUGGCUCACGCCUGUAAUCGUAGCACUUUGGGAGGCCAAGGCGGGCAGAUCACGAGGUCAGGAGAUCGAGACCAUCCUGGCUAACACAGUGAAACCCCGUCUCUACUAAAAAUACAAAAAAUUAGCCAGGCAUGGUGGCGGGCGCCUGUAGUCCCAGCUACUCGGGAGGCUGAGGCAGGAGAAUGGCGUGAACCCAGGAGGCGGAGCUUGCAUUGAGCCAAGAUCACGCCACCACACUCCAGCCUGGGUGACAGAGCAAGACUCCAUCCCCCCCAAAAAAAAAAAAAAACAAAAAAAAAAACAGAA